GUGUCAUCGAUGCAGCAACUCGUCGGUUGAUCUUUGACUAUCCGCUAUCAGGCGGGUGGGUGCGUAACAGGUGCUGAUGUUUCUGAGCAGGCAUUUAUCGCCGACUACCUACCUAUCUAAUCUCUCCUCGCUCCAGGAAUGCUGAGGCCUGGGCCCCCCUGCUUCUUUUCUCUCCGUUUCUCCUCUUCUUAUCUCUACCUCUCGCCCGCUCCCUGGCGACGAGACUACCUAAUUAUAUAAAAGUAUCGCUAACGGUAUUAUCCUCUACGCUGUCAUACGGGUUGCAAUUUACCUAUAUAUGCCUGUUUCUGUUUCCUGCCCCGUCCGGGGACGCUGUGCUAUGAUGACCUCCAGUUCCCGCGCGCACAUAUCCCGGGUCGCCAGUCAUCCCUGGGGACGAAUAUCUUAAUUGCUGGAUCCAUUCCCCCCAGGCCCCCUCCCCGCCCCUUGGUCCCAGUUCCAGACGUGCUCGCUUUGCUGACUCCGUCGCCGGGAUGGGGACUUACGAUCCGGAGCCCUCGAGGCUCAGCCGAUGGGCAGAAAAGGUUGCUGUGGAUAACGAGGAUGGCCUUACCACCGCCCAGCUGAUGUUAACCAACAAGGACCUCAAGCCUGUUGAGCCUGAGCGCCGCACAUGGGGCCCGUGGAACUUCGUCGGCUUCUGGAUUGCCGACUCCUUCAAUAUCAACACUUGGAUGAUCAGCUCCUCCAUGAUUGUGAACGGGCUCUCGUGGUGGCAGUCCUGGCUUUGCGUCUGGAUCGGAUACGCGAUUGCCGGCUGCUUCAUCUGCCUCACCGGCCGCAUCGGCGCCACCUACCAUAUCGGUUUCCCCGUUGUGAGCAGGUCGAGUUUCGGGAUUUGGGGUUGUCUGUGGCCGGUGUUUAAUCGUGCCGCCAUGGCCUGCAUUUGGUACGGCGUCCAGUCGUACAUCGGCGGACAUUGCGUCUAUCUCAUGAUCCGAUCCAUUUGGCUGAGUUGGGACCGCACGACCAUCCCGAACACGUUCGCGGCCGACUCGGGGACCACUACUGCCGAUUUCGUCUCCUUUUUCCUCUUCUGGCUCGUGUCACUGCCGGCGAUCUGGUUCCCUGUCCAUACGAUACGACAUCUCUUCACCGUGAAGGCCUAUUUCGUCCCCUGCGCCGGCAUCGCCUUCCUGAUCUGGGCUCUUGUCCGCGCGGGCGGUCCUGGCCCUAUCGUAAGCCAGGGAGCCUCCAUAGAGGGUAGCGCGCUCGCCUGGGAAUUUAUCAAGGGCGUUAUGAGUUCCAUCGCCAACUUCGCCACGCUCAUCGUGAACGACCCCGAUUUCACUCGUUUUGCCGGAAAGCCGCGCGACGCGUUUUGGUCACAGCUCUUCACUAUUCCUCUCGGCUUCGCUCUCACCUCGCUCAUCGGCAUCCUAGUCUCCUCGAGCUCCGUGAUUAUAUACCCUGGCAGCCAGCCAAUAUGGGAUCCGCUCGACCUCCUAGAGAGGUUCAUCGACGACGGCGGCUCCGGCCAACGUUUCGGCGUCUUCGUCAUCUCGCUCGCCUUCGCGCUAGCUCAGCUGGGGACUAACAUCGCGGCCAACUCCGUGUCAGCCGGAUCAGACCUGACCGCGCUCCUGCCUCGCUUCAUCAAUAUUCGCCGUGGCGGCUAUAUCUGUGCCGCCGUCGGCUUGGCCAUGUGCCCGUACAACCUCCUCACGUCCGCGAAUCAGUUCACGACCUACCUGUCGUCUUAUUCGGUGUUCCUCAGCUCGAUCGCGGGUGUCAUGUGCAGCGACUACUACUUCGUUCGCAAGGGCUACCUCGAAAUCAGGGAGCUAUACGAUGCUCGAAAGACUGGGCCGUACUUCUUCUCCUUUGGCUUCCAUUGGCGGGCGUACGCUGCCUAUAUCAGCGGUAUUCUUAUCAACGUCGUUGGGUUUGCCGGCGCAGUAAACGGAGGCAAUGUCCCCGACGGCGCGACGUACAUCUAUAACUUUAACUUCUUCUGCGGGUUCAUCAUCUCGACAGGAAUGUACUGGUUCCUAUGCUGGGCGUUCCCGAUUCCAGCCUGCAGCGAUAGGUGGAUGGAGGUUGGCGACCAGAUUGAUGAUGUCAGGUUAGCAUACGACCAGAGUAGCCAGAAUGAUGUCGACGAGGAGCAUGCUUUAAGUAGCAAGCAUGGCAAGGACCAUACGAAGACGGUAUGACAUAUUACUUAGGAGCUCAACCGGGGUUAGGUGUUUUUAGGAUAGGGGUCCCUUGAUUAAGAUACUCUCUGGAUCCUAAGUGGCAUGGGCAAUGGCCUGGGCGCGUCUAGGAGCACACAUGUACAUGUUUAAUGUCUACGAAGCUAUGUGGGUGUAGUGUUAUAAAGAUAUCAACAAUAUGGAUUCAAAUAUAGGCAAUUGUCGCACGGCUGACUGCACUAUAAGGCAUUGCCUAUAGAAACAAAUGUUACUUGUACUUAGCUAACAAUGAAUCAGCUGAAGGUAGCAGAUUCCAACGUAUUACACGUGAGGUAAACGCUUGUGGCCAUGCUCAUUAGGGAUACCUACAAUAGUUG